CGUCAUCAGCCGGAGAGGAAGGAGGAUGAGGAAGUGAAGGAGGAUGAGGAAGUGGUGGAGAGCAGGACUGGACCUGGAGAUGUAGUCGGCCUGCCUGCACCAAUGCACCAGCAGCUGUCGGGAGGCCACCGUUAACAUUUGACAAUGCGAUGGGUAACUGCUGGGCAUACUGUGUGGGGCUCUUCAGGAGAGAAGCCAGCCGGAUCCAGAGAGGAGGCGGGUCAAAGUACUUCCGAAGCACCACCACGGGGGAACAUUAUACAAUAGAGUUUGAAAAUCUGGUAGAGAGCGAUGAGGCUGAGAGUCCGGAGCCCUUCCUGAGGCCCAUCAGUGAAGAUGAGAUCAAGCACCUCAAAGAGCACCGCUACACCGCGCUCACAGAUCAUCAGAUCCUGAUAGACCAGAAGAUCAGAGUGGAGUUAGAGGCACAAGAGGAGAAGUUGAGACUAGAAGAGGAGGCUAGAAAUGCCGCCCAGCGCGAGGCUGCCAGGUUGGCGCGUGAACGCAAAAUGAAGGAGCAGCUGCCUGCCCAGAGGACACGCGGGAAAGCAGAUGGCUCCGGCGGUGAGACUCAGCAAAGAAAACAAAACUCGGGGGAGGAUUUUGACGUCUACCUCCAGAAUGUAAAAGCCCAGUCCGACGCUUUCAGGGGCAACAGACUGCCGUCCGACACGAACGUGGUGACUCCCAACACCGAGUACAGCUGGGACUUCACCACCAAGACCCGCUCCACCAAUGAUGACGGGACCUCGCUGGAUCUGGAGUGGGAAGACGAGGAAGGAAUAAAUCGAGCUCUCCCGGCCUGGGAGAGGUCUCGGACGGAGGAGGACAUCCUGCGAGCAGCCCUGAGGCCCGGCAGCAAGCCGGUGAACAGCGGCCCGACCUCGGCCUCGGAGGACUCCAAUGCGCUGGAGUGGGAGAAUGAUUUUGUGAGUACUCACCCAGAGGACAAUGCAGACACUGAGUUCGAAGGGUUCGUCAACCCGGUCCUGGACACUCCCUCCGAGGACGCCACGGACUGUGGCCUCAGGUCGGACAACCAGGACAGAUAGUGUCCAGCACCAAAGGAGACGUUCGUUAUGUCCUCUUCACGUCAAAGCUCACCAGCUUUUCUUUUUUUUUUUUUUUUUUUUGCCUCUUGAAAAUGGAAACGUCCAUAGUUGCUCGUCAUAUUCCGUAAUAUGAGACUGUAAUGCUGCGGGGAAAGGUUGCGUGUCUCCACACUACAGUACAGUGUGGCGUGGCGUUUUUAUCAGAUACUCAUUGUUUCCAGUGCCUUCAUUUGCCAUAAUAGCCGACCAUUUAUGCAUUGUGACUACAGAGAUCAGUUACCAUCCAAUACAGUCUGACACAUCAUCAAGCACCAUGAAACUGCAGAAGAAGUCCUCACUCAUCCUUGAGUCACUUGUCUUAGUUUACAGCUCUGCCCGUCAGUUUUGAUGAUUGCAUUAUAUCAAAAAAAAAAAAAAAAAAAGAGGCAGAAUUCCAUAUAAAAGGAAUAAAUAUUAGACCAAAUCAUUUUGACCAAUCAGUGGACCCAGGAUCGUUUCUUCCGUUGCUCUGGGUGGUGAUGGCUUAUCACCACCAUCAUCAUCUGAGUCAUGGACUGAUUGAUCGUCAGUACUUUUGUAUCCCGUCUCUCACUGUUAGUGUGACAGUGAUCUACGCCCCAGUGCCCAGCAUGCCGUUAAGCAGCCGCACCAUCAAAUAAGGAGCGAUUUCUGCGACGUGCCGUCAGUGCAUGCUCUCUGAUGAGAAACUGCUUAACUGUAAUGUGCAUUUUCUAAUAUUUGUACAGAUCAACAAAUAGGGCACCUAUGAGACAUUCAUUUACAAUUCAAAACGGCUAAAAAAAAAACUGUCAAGCUCUCGGAUACGCAAGAUAAAUAAGCACACGCACAAUGACUCCUCUUCGUUGGUCCAUCGUAGGACAUCUGGGCUUUAAACUGCCAUUUUUCUUUCUUUUUUUCCCCCUACUUUUUUAUAUCAAAACCAACAGUACAGAACAGCGACAUCAUUGCCAGGUACCAUGACAUCCACAAAGUCCACACCUCAGACUUUCAUAAUGGAUUAUUAAGGACAGCAGUUCUUUAUUCAUCUCAACAUUAUUUGCAUAGAAUUAUCUGUGAUUGGCGAAGAAUAAAGCAAGCCACAAGCCACGUUCUUUAUUCCAGCAAAUGUCUGAUCUACGCUGGCCUGUUUCAUAGACACACAGCUGCUAAACAGCAUUCAACUGGUUGAUGAUGAUGACGUUGAUAGUACUUCAUUUUGAUAUCCAGGGUUCCCACAACAGCCUGGAAAAUAUGGGUACAGAAAUGGGAAAUGCUCUCAUUUAAGAAGCCGCAUUGGGCAAUAUUUGACUUAUUCCCUAUCUAAGUAUGUAUGUAUGUUAUAUGUCACAAAUCCUAAAAACUAGGGUAAAGCUAAAUUAUAAAACUCUUAAUGUCGACAAUUGCUCUGAAAUACAGGAGACAAAGUUCUCAGCAAAAAACUGAAUUGACCAAUGCUGAUUUCUGACUGGUCGUCUGUAUGUUUUCAGGAGACAAAUCAUUUUUAAGUGUAAAGACUUUUCCUUUAAUCUGGUAUGAAAUCCAAAGCAGUUACUCUGAACUAAAGAGAUGUAUCAAUCAUAGAUAUUAUAAUGAUUUUAGUUGAGAUUGUCUGAGUCUGGAUGAAAAAAAGAUGAAGGUUAUCAAACAUACAAACAUGACUCUGAUGUAAACUUUGUUGUGUCCAUGUAAUCAAUCUAAUGCUGCUCUACCAAGGAAUCUGUUGAAUACAUAAUUGAUAUAUAUAAUAUCUUUUUUUUUUUACCUAUUACUUAGUUUUUCACAUCAAUUAGUUAAUCUGUUUGAAUCAAAAGUAGUUCACUGAUUGCACUGCAGUGUGUGUUAGAAGACAUUCACUGAAAUGAGCCACGUGUGUGAAGAGGAAACUGAUCUGAGAACUGCGUUCUGCUGCUGUUGAAGUGUGUAGGCAUCGAGACGCAGACAUUUCACUUCUUAAUAUCUGAGUGUGUCAUUAAAAAAAUAGUUUGCUUUGAACACAUUGCAAUAUUCUGUUUUGCUGUGAUCACAUGAACUCUGAUUUAAUCACUGUAACUUUCUGUAAAAAACAAAUGUAACUUAACAUUCCUUGUCUCACUGUAAAGACCAAGUGUAACUGAACCAUAAUCAUCACAGUGAGUAGGUUGUUUAUGUGGAUUUUGUCAUUUUCGCACUGAAAGUAUGUUUCUAGUUUAAACACCUUAAAUACAUGUCUAAAGGAAAACAAACUAAAAAAACGCCUUUAGAGAACUACAGGAAGAACCAAAACCACACAUUUAAAUGGUUGAAGUUCUCUUAAACAAAAGGUACUAUAUGGAUUUAUUCUAAGACAAGAGACAGGUUUGCCUUUAAUGUUUACACUGCACUGAGUUUCUUUGAAUGUUUUCAGUUGGUUGAACUUGGCACCACUGUGGUUUGAGUCCAUUUUUGUGAAUCUAUACCGUUAGAAUACUGAAAGCUCAUCCACCAAAGCUUCUUUACACUGUACAGCUAAUCAUAUUUUUUAUUAAAGUUAGUACUAGUAACCUACUCAUGAUUCAUUCCUAUGAUUCACAAAAAUCAUAUGACUUCGUCGUGGACAAACAACCAGGAACCCUCCUCAUUUCUGUCGAAUGUAUUUAUCCCCGUCGUGACGGAACAAAAGUGUGCACACCAGCAUUAAUAUAAGUGUGUCCUCUCAGUGGAUCAUCCACAUUGGUUCUACAUCUGAUUCUGGUUUGGAGGUGUCCCUAGUUUCAACAUACAGGAAUGGCUCGUUGAUGAUCUGUAACGGAGUCAACGUCCCUUUUUGCUGCUCUGUGUUAAAAAUACUGCAGUGACUCGACUUCCCGACAGUUCAUGACUGAAGUGUUGCUCACUGGCUGUUCUGAACACUCUGCCUGUUUAAAAAAAAAAAUCCUUUCUGAAAAGGAAGUUGUUUCAUAUUUCUGUUUUUUUUAUUAAGAGGAGGACAUAGAGACCAUGGCAGUCAAAAAAAAAAGUGUGACGCAAAAAAAUACUCAAACAAAUUCCAAACGUUUUACUUUUUAUUUACUUAAACAUCAUCUCCCAUCGCCAACUGACACUGCAAACCAAACCUACUCAAUCGCUGACUUUCUACCUCUCUGAUCACCUGUCAAUCAAACCAGGUGAUCUCUGGGAUGUGUAGUGAAUGAACAACAAUCUGACUGCUGAAUGUAGUCAAUCCUACCGAAUGUGUAUGAUAAUGCAGCUACGUCAUAUACUUUAUAAACAAAGCGGUUAUAACUUCAUAAGGGUGGCAACGUGGAAAAAUUUGGAAUGUGAUAACUCAAGUUGUUAAAUGAAUCAAUAUUGACACAUCCUGUUACAUUCAGUAACGAUGACAGCUAAUACAACAAUGUGACGUAGUUAAUCACUGCAUUUUUUUAAUCAAAUUGCAGCAAGAUGUUUGGCACAUCCACAGACGGUUACUCAAAAAAAAUGCAUCUAUGUAAUCACUCUUUUGUCUCUUGAUGGUGGACUCUAGGAGGGAGUUUAACACAAAACUAGACUAGACUGUGCACAUGUCUGACAAGAACACAAACGCUUUUCUUUUCUACUUUGCAACGAUAGAGUCUGAACAGCUCGACAAGAUGAUUUGUGCUUCGUUUGUAGCUUGGACUUCUCUGUAAAUAAAAGUUGUGUCUGCAUAUCUGCGUUGAGAUUGUAAUGAUUUUUGUACAUAAAUGAAUAAAA